GCCCCCAGCGCCUGCCUCCCUCGCAGCCCAAAACAGCCAUACCUGCUGUCUGUCUGUCUCCCGAGGCCCCCCACCCCCACACCAGUGGCACCUUGGGGCACGGGGACCGAGAUGGCUUUGGAAAGCCAACUGUGGGCUCCGGCCACAUUCAUGCCCAUGGCUGAAAGCUCCCUCUACCGGCAGAGGCUGGAGGUUAUUGCGGAGAAGCGGCGUCUGCAGGAGGGAAUCCGGGCGGCGCGCCGGGAGCUGGAGGAGGAGAAGCUUCGCGUGGAGCGACUCAAGAGGAAGAAUCUUCGUGAGCGCUGGCUGAUGGACGGGGCAGCCGAGGGCCCCAAGCAGCAGGGGCCCCUCUCGGAGGACCCCCAGCCCCCCCAAGAUCAUAGGGCUCAGGUGCGAAUUCGCCACCUUGAAGACAGUCUGUUCACACUCCAGUCCCAGCUGCAGCUACUCCAGGCCGCGUCCACCGGCGCCCUGCACAAGCCCUCGGCUAGACCCUGGAGGCGCCAGGGGCCCCGGCCGCUGUCCCAGCCACUCUUGGAAGCCACUCCUGAAGCAGGUCAGACGGAUCAAGAAAAGCGAGCAUCCCUGCCUCUCGGGGUGGGGGACAUGUCCCCAGAAUCGCCCUCGCCAACCCUUGAGCUCAGAGACGAGGCUGCCAGGAGGGGCCCCCUGGAAGCCAAUGGCCCCCGCCCACCCGCUGCCGCUGGAGAGGGGGGCUGCAUGGUGGAGGUGGUAUGGGCGGGGCUGAGGGACCCCGGGGUCUUUGAGGCUGCUGGUCCCACGCUGGAAGCCCGAGUGGAGGCCCUGGUGCAGGAGGCCAUCGGGGAAAGGCCUGAGGCUGGCUCCCCCGAGCUGCCCUGCUGGGUGAAGGGGGCUGGGGGCAUGGAGGUGGUAUGGGAAGGGGUGGGGGGCCCCGAGGCAGGGGACACGGAAGCCCCGGCGGGCAGCCGCUCCCCCAGACUCCAGGAAGGGUCCUUUAUCUGGGUGGAGAAGACAGGCCUCAGCGAAGAUUGGGAGGAGCUGCCUGUGGGCAGCCAGAGGCCAGGAGAUGAGAUUCCCUUGGGAGAGAGCUGGGAGGAGAGGAGGAGGAGGGAGGAGGGUGGAGGGGAAGGAAAGAGAGACGCCACUGAGGAGGUCUUGGUGGCAGAGAGAGAGGGAGGCGAGAAGUCACAGGAGGAGAGAGGAGGUGAGAAGUUGCAGACAGAAAGAGAAGGUGACAAGUCAUGGGAGGAGAGAGAAGGCAGUGAGGGAGCACUGGAGACACAGCCCGAAGGAGGCGAGGAGGGUGACAUGACACACACAGAACAAACAGGAGAGAAGGGUUUGGAGGUGGAGAAGACGCUGGGGAUGAAGGACCCCCCAAAGACACAAGAAAACGAGGUGACCCAGACAGGGAGUCCCCCCGGAGGGCCCAGAGAAGAGCCAAGGCCCGAGGAGAAGCUGGAGGGCUCCCUGGAGGAGAAGGCAGCUUCCAGUAAGCCCCACCCCACUGCUGAGGGGCCCUCAGGAGACACUGCGCCCCUCCCGGCUGAGACCCCGGGCCCCCUGCCGCAGGCGCCCGAGUGCCAGCCGCUGCUUGAGGCUGAGGGAGCCCGGGCCGCAGUGCCUAGCUACGCCCCCGCCAGACAGCCGGAGCCAGGGGCAUCCCCCGAGGGUCAGGAGCCCAAGCAGAAGACUUGCCAGUGUUGUGUGCUUAUGUGAGCCAGAGCCCCCCGCGUCCUGUCCUCUCUCUUAGCUACCUCGGCCGCUUGGCGUGUCUUGCAGGGGACACCAGGCACGCGACGGGCUCACCGCAAAGCCUGUGGCCCUUCCCUGCCCACUGCCUGGGACCCCAGCAGCCCUGAUGACAAAGCCUUAUACUUGAAAAUAAAAUCUGGGAGAAACGGAA